AUGUCUGAUUCCAUUGUUAGCACUAAUUAUGAUUAUUUGAAUCAUAAUGAUUUGCUAAUCUUAAGCAAAUGCCCUUACCAAUUAACUCUUUCUAUUGAAGAAUUAACCAAACCAUCUGUAAAAACACGUGGCGAAUCUGAUAAGCCACCACGACCACAAAACAGCUGGAUAAUUUUUCGAAGAGAUUAUGAAGCGCAUUUACGUUUAUGCUAUCAACACGUCAAACCACAAGUCAAAGAGACAGCAAAAGAAUGCAGUUUAAAGUGGCGAAAUCUACCAAGCGAAGUUAAGCAUUUCUUCAAAAUAUUAGAGAAGAUAGCUUGUAAGAAUCACCAAAACUUAUACCUUAAUUAUAAGUAUAAGCCAAAAAACACGAAAGAUGCAAACAUUAAGAAAUGUAUUUUUCGCGAACAAAAGAAAUAUACGUUUGCUUCGUUACCCAUAUCAAGCUCGCCCACUUUAAGAAAUGAAAUCGUGAGUGAUACAGCAUCAACAAUUGAAUGUAAUCAUACUUUUAUCACUGCUUCAACAACUAUUGAUGAAACUUAA